AUGUCAGCAGCGUCUUUCCCGUGGUCCUACUCCUACGAUCGUACUAUCCGCAGAGUCCGCCUCGGAGCCGCCGCACAGUCAGUCAGCCAGCAGCCUCGGCAAGCCAUCAUGAACGACAACGACCGCUUUGACGUCAGCAAGGACUAUUAUGCCAUCCUUGGUGUCACCUGGGAUGGCGCGCGCGAUGCUACGACGCUAAAGCGUUGCUACCACAAGCUGGCUCUCAAGUAUCACCCCGACAAGACCGGUGAUACAAAUAACGACGAGUUCUUCAAGCAAGUCUUACAGGCUUACGAAGUCCUCCGCGAUGUGACUGUUCGAUUUGACUACGACAAUGCUCGUCAGCUCGCAGGCUACCCCAAGGCUGGACCCGAGUCUCCUAAUCCUCAUGAAGCGUUCACUGAGACCAACGCGACGUUUCCAGAAGCUCAAACUGCUUCUGCUGAGUCCGAAGAGGCCCCUGGUGCAGCUGAAGGAGAGCAGCGCAGAUCACCGCGACAGCCGAAGGCGCCCGGCAAAGGCUACGGUCAUCCCAAGCCCUCCAAGCCCAAGAGAGCCAGCAAAGCCAAGAAGGCUGGCAAGUUCAAGCAGACGCCACGCAAAGACAACAAGAACACGAAAAAGCAGGCUGAGCGCGAAUGGGCAUACGACCAAUAUGUGUAUGCGGAGGACUCUGCAUCACCAGGCUCCGAAGCAGACGCUGGCACUCACCGUGAUCGCAGUGGGCCGAGGACGUACGGUCCGCGGACACCUACUCCAGAGACAUCGAGUCCGCAGACACUAAGCUCGCCAAUUGUUGACAGAGACCUCCCUGAAGUCGAUUUUACUCCGAUUGGCAACUGGUCCGAGGGCCCAAUUUGGGACCCCAAGAACUUCCCCUUCGAAACAUAUUGGCACGACGAUUACACCGCGACCGAUUUCAUGGCGGGCCUUGACUCAGCUGUGAAGUUGCUCGUUAGCAGAGCCCGAGCUGCUGUUGUUGCAGAAAAGGACGCUUUGCGUCGUAUGGAAGGCGACCAUUCGGCAAUGUACUUCGAGAGAGUGAAGGAGUAUGAAGAUGCGAAGGCUGAAGCUGGGAAUCUGAUGAAUAUGUGUACCUACGCACAUAGGCUGUACGAGCAGCACCGUUCGAGAAGUAGUGGUCUGAAAGGCGCUAGGAAGUCUGCCAAGUCCAGACGAGCCAACGCGCGACGGCAGCCCGGUUGCGGAUACUAG